AUGGGAGCCUGCGCAUCAUGCUUAGGCCGAGGACGCCAGGAUGCAUACGACGAGGCACGUACUUCCCAUGAGGAUGAAUCACGAUUACUUCUAGACGAUCCAAGCAACUUCCAGUACGGCAGCUUCGGCGACCAAAACCCCAACACACACACGGAUCCUCUUGAGUCGCAAAGAGAGUUGGAGGCACUACAGAAAGUUGUAGCUAAGACAUCAAAUAAUCUGGUCGAUAUCUUUGAGAUUGCCCCGUCGCAACCCCAACAUGCCCAUGCUACCGCCCUCACCGGCCAAGACUCGCGCCUCAACCGCUAUCAAACCAUUCUUUCCAAGCUGUCUGCCGACGAUGACACGAAUGCAAUCACAGCUCAGGGUCAAGUGGACUGGCUGAGUGACGAUGACACGAUGGAAACGCAAAUGGACCCGCCUACAGUCAAAGCAGGUGAGCCGCUGGUGGGCACCUUUGCCGACGCGGUCACGGUAGCAUGA